AUAUCAUUUAUUCCCAAUAUCUUGCAGAAUACACAGCUAGUUAGAAGAUCUGGAAGUUCACAAGUUUCAACUAAUGCUGUGUCACCAGAUGUUAUGAAAAGCAGUGGCAAGAGUAUUCAAGGACAACUGACAAAUAUUCUGAACAAUCAGAGGGAAAUCCUUUCAACUGUCAAGUUGGUGAGAAAAGAAGUAAAUGAUCUGCAGAAAGAGUUUGACAAGAGAAAAGAAGAAUCUCAUGAACCCAUCAGUGUUCCUAACAGAAUCAGGACUGCAGUGAAGGAAUAUUUUGCUAGUGGAGAAGAUAUAGAGCUAAAGUGGGAUUACCAGAAAAGGUACUAUGAUGAAGUGAAUGCAGAGAUGACAGAAUUCAUCAAAAGAAAAGUCAAAGGUGUUGCUCCGGACGUUUCCAAUGAGGUUCUGGAUGCUGCUGUUAAGAGAUAUUUCACUUCAAAGAAAGAGGGAGCAAACAGAAAAUCCAAGAACAAGGACACUCUUCAUAAGCAACGGCAGGCUACAUAUGAAAGGAAAAAGGAGAAGGUCAGAAGAAGACUGCUUUCUACAGAAAAGAAAACAAAUUGGCCUCAAGAAAAAAGAGAAGCAGUUUCCAAAUUGCUAAAAAGCAAAAUGAGCCAUAAAUUGAUGUCCAGUGAUGAAGAAGGGGAUGACGGUUUCAUCACCCAUCCAUACUCCUGGGAGAGUGAAACUUGGAGAAACAUUAAAAGUAGUCUGGACAAGACAUAUUUGAAAAAUUGCCCCCCGCGAAGUGCCAGACUGCUUCAAAAAAGGACAAAGGGUUCCAUUAAGGAACAAGACAAACCUGAUGUUGAUGAGGAAUUCAAUUGGAUUUUUGAUUAAAUAGUUAAUGAAUUUUGUGCUGAUUUAUAUAUGUUUUGCAUUAAAAUGAUA